AGGGUUUCCUGGGUAGACAGUUACGAACAAUGAAGUACUGAAAAGAAUAGGUAAAGAGAAGAAAGUUGAACUUACAAUUAAAGAAAGAAAGCUACAGUAUCUCGAACAUGUGAUGCGGGGCGAGAAGUAUGGCAUCCUGCGACUCAUAAUGCAAGGAAAGAUAGAUGGCAGAAGAAGCAUCGGAAGAAGACGAAUUUCAUGGCUGAAGAACCUAAGAGAAUGGUUUGGAUGCAGCUCAAAACAACUAUAAUAAUAAUAAUAAUAAUAAUAAUAAUAAUACGAACACACCUCACAAAGGCACAAAAACACCACCCUAAAAGUGCAGUAGAACGAACGACAUUACCCCGGUAUUUAGGAGGAAGAGGGCUUAUGGAUAUAGGUGAGCAAUUAGAUAAACAAAUUGCUAAUUUAAGAACUUAUUUUCAGAUGCAGGCUGAGACAUCUACUCUACACCGCGCCAUUUGCGCAGCAGAUGACACAACACCGAUCAAACUGAGGGAACCAGAAAUGCGCUUAAUCCACCUUACUAAGGACGAAAAACUGCGCGCCUGGAUGGGUAAACCUCUGCACGGGCGACAUCCCAAUGAGGUCAGCCAAGACUAUGUCGACAAUACAGCGUCGAACUAUUGGUUGACAUCAGGAAAGAUGUUCCCUGAAACGGAGGGUUCAUUACUGGCCAUUCAGGAUCAGGUUAUACCAACCAGAAAUUACCUGAAAUAUAUCGUCAAAGACCCUCAGGUUCAAAACGACAGAUGCCGAUAUGGAUGUCAAGCCCAAGAAACCAUCCAACAUAUUACAGGGGGCUGCCAAGCAUUUGCUGCAACUGAAUAUAAGGAACGGCAUGACGCAGUGGGAAAAAUCCUUCAUCAAGAGAUAGCUAACAAGUUGGGACUUCUCCAAACGGACCAUCUCCCAUAUUAUCAAUACGUUCCUGAGAGUAUGCUUGAGGAUGGCAACUACAAGCUAUACUGGGACCGCAGUGUGCUCACAGACCAAACAGUGGCACAUAAUAGACCAGAUCUCGUACUAGUUAAUAAAUUAACAAGACAAACAACACUAAUUGAUGUGGCGAUACCUAACAACAAUAAUCUACGUAGUAAAUUUACUGAAAAGAUCGCCAAGUAUAGAGAUCUGGAAAUUCAAAUACGGAGACAAUGGAGAAUGCAAAGUACCCAGACGAUACCUAUUGUUAUAUCUACUACUGGAGUCAUUCCGAAGACCCUCCUCGAAAGCAUAAAAAAGCUGGGUCUCAAUGAACAUCUUUAUAAGACCAUGCAGAAAGCUGUACUACUUGCGACGGCCAGAAGUGUACGAAAAUUUUUGGGAGAUACACCUGCAUUCCAAGUCACCUAGGGCUCGAUAACACGGAAAGAGUCCCACCAGAGCUCAAUCCUUUUGAUACCGUAGGUAUCUGGGAUGAGUCAAUUUUCCCCUUAGAGGGAGUGUGAGCCGUAUGGCUAAAUCUGAAUAAUAAUAAUAAUAUCGUCUUUAUUAUUUCUUCAAUAUAGAAAUGUACAUUUUUAUAUAAAACAUAAUAUAUUAUUUUCAGAAAUAAAGGGCGAAGUUCAUUUUCUGAAAUGUCGCCAUUUACAGAAAAUGUUCUUCCACUUAACCCGAACACUAUUUAGAUAUACUGCCUCAAAAAUUAAAAUAGCUAUGCUGAUUGCCAACCUCCAUAGCAGAGAUGGCACCUGAAGAAGAUUGCUAGACAAAUAGGGGUAAUGAUCCUUCACUUUUUUAACCAGACAUAGGUAAAACAAUGUUGACUUUUUGAGCAUGUACA